AUGUUCUGGCUCAUUCUUCUGACGCUGCUGGUGGGCUAUUUAGUACAACAUGUGGUAGGCCUCUGGCGGUACAGGCGUCUGGCGCGUAUCAGUGGCCUGCCCUAUACCUGGUUUCCCAUCUCGGAACAUAACCUGGCCUACUUGAUGCUUUUCGAAACUCGCCUCUUCACAUAUCUGGUGAAUCAAUGUCUCCCACUCUGGAUAUCCGACUAUAUCAACGCGAGUAGCUUCAAGUCGCGCUGGGCGGUGAAAAAUCGCAUGUGCAAACAGUAUGGGGGAGUGUACAUGUAUGCGACGCCGGUGGGCUUAACCUGCAAUGUCUCGGAUGCAUCGGUCGUCUCUCAGGUUUUUAAGGCUCGCCGCAGCUUUCCCAAACCGAUCCAUCAUUACGCUGGGCUUGAGAUGUUUGGCCCCAACAUUGUCAUUACUGAGAAUCAGCAAUGGUCUCACCAUCGUCGCUACUCGGCAUCCACAUUCAACGAGAAGAACAACGCCCUUGUGUGGAAGGAGGCAAUUCGUCUCACGACCGAGAUGAUAGACCGCUGGAGACAGAAAAAUGUCCCAUCUGCUUUGCAGGAUGAUUUCGUCGUUGCCGAUGCCCGAGAAGACAUCCUCAAACUCACACUCAACAUUCUCUGCAGUGCUGGAUUCGGAGUCAAACUACCGUUUCAGGGCAGCGAUGAAGCCACUAUAACGAACACCACGGGGUUGUUCCAAGAUGCCACAACACCCCCUCCAGGUUACCAUUUCACGUUUCGUUCGGUCAUGGAGUACAUGAAUCAUCGGCUUAGCUAUGUUUUCGUGGCAAACGGUCUACUUCCCAAGUGGAUUCCGCGAGCCUUGCUUCCAUUUUUCAAGUCCGAAUUCUGGAUUUACGAUGACUUGAAAAGCUAUCUUCAGGCACUCAUCACGACAGCUGAGCAAGAGGAAUCGCCGACGCACAAUCUGCUGGAGGAAAUGGUCCGAUCUCGAUCAAAGCCGGCAGAUAUAGAGUCAACCCCCAUAGACUCUUCAAAUGCUUCGGGCCUUUCAGAUCUGGAAAUACAAGGGAAUAUGUUUAUUUUUACGGUCGCCGGUCAUGAGACUACAGCAACAACGUUGCGGUUUGCCCUUGUUCUCUUGGCUCUAUAUCCCGACACACAAGACGAACUAUUUCAAGAUAUCCAGAACUCAGUUCGACACCAGCCUCUGGAUCCUCGCGACUGGGAUUAUAGCACCCUUUUCCCGAAGCUGGUUACCCCAUUAUGUGUGAUGCUCGAAACCCUCCGAUUGUAUUCGCCAGUGGUCACCAUUCCCAAAUGGACCGCAGAGUCCGAGGCCCAUAUCACUUUCAAUGCCCAAACCUUUACCGUUCCACCCUACACAACAGUAAACCUGAAUUCCAAUGGCUUGCAUUAUUCUGAAGUCUACUGGGGUCCCGAUGUGAUGGCCUUCUGUCCGUCACGUUGGGAUAAACGAAACCCUGAUAGCUUUCUUGCUAAAAACAGUGAUAUUGAGGGACUCUCGGGCCCGGGGCUAGAGCAUAGCAAUAUUCAUAAACCAGCCCGUGGCGCCUUCAUCCCAUUCAGCGACGGAAACCGGGCAUGCAUGGGGAAGAAAUUCGCUGAAGUUGAGUUUGUGGCGGCGUUGACGGUCAUCUUCCGUAAUUAUCGUGUCAGUCUCGAAAAGAUCACAGCCCAUGAGACCGAAGAGGCCAUGCAUGAGCGGGCACAGCAAGCCUUAGAGAACAGCUCGACUGUGAUCACAUUAGCAAUGCGCAAUGGAGUGCCAUUACGAUUCACAAGAAGGAAUAUGGGAGCAGGGUCACGAUGA